AGUACCAACCUUUUCAGUGGCGACGAGGACAAAAAAAAGUGAAAAAUCUUAGUUAACUUUAUCGCGCGUGAAAAGUGAAGUGGGUGUUUGGAAGGAAUAUUCCGUAUUCGCGUGGAAAGUUCUUUCGCUGAGCACCUAUAGAGCGUCAACGCCAUUUCUACCGCAAAUCUGAGUGUCAUCCUUUGGAUACUUUACCUUACAAAAGUAUACCGAGUACACCGUGAGAGUCACACAUUGAACGGUUUUCCAGUGAGUACCAGUGAGUACAAUUGUAAUAGCACCGGUGGUGUUCCGUUUCCACGGUUCCUAUCUUACCUAAAAGUGUGACGGUGGGAAGACAGGUGCGGUGCAUUGUAUGCAUGCAAGUGCAUCCGCAAGUGCUAUCGAAGGUUUGUUCUGUGAGGUCGUAUACGCGUUUACAACCAAAAAAAGGGGUGUUGCUGCUGCUGCUGUUUGUUUGCUGUUGUUGCUGUGGACCUGCUUCCGUGUUGUUGCUGCUGUAUUUAUCUUUUGCUUCGUGGGACCCUUGUUGCAAAUAUAUCGACGUCGACUCAUUCUGAGUAGGGUGGUUAUACAUAUAAUUGACAUCGUUGUCAUCAGUAUUUUUUAGUGCCUCGCCUAAUAAAAACAAAGACAAGAUGUCUAUUAAUCCUACAUCUGAGCCUUUUAUCCCCGGUACUAUUCCCUUUUCCCAAUAUCAAGAGCAAUUAGAGUGGAUGUUUGAGCAUAAUAACUAUACGGAAGAUAGAUAUAAAACCUCGUUUUUGGCUGUUUGCGGUACCGAGGUGUUUUCUCAGUUAAAGCUUCUGUUUCCAGGACAAAGUUUGAGAGAAUUAACAUAUAAACAAAUCACGGAUAAAUUGAAGCAACGCUAUGAUAAAAAGGACUCAGAUGUUAUCCAUAGUUACCGAUUUUGGACACGUCGGCAGGGGCAAUAUGAGAAGGCAGUAGAUUUUGUUUUAGACGUUAAGCAUUUAGCAGAACAGUGUGAGUUUGGCGAUUUUAAAAGCAGAGCAAUUAGAGAUGUGCUAGUUAUCGGCUUGAAUGAUCGAGGUUUACAAAAGAGACUUUUUGAUGAGGAUGAUUUAACUGCGGCCAAAGCCGAAAAAAUAAUUGUUAAUCAGGAGCUUGCUUCUGAUAGAACACUGAUUUUAAGUACCGAUGAUGAUAAAAAACCUGGUAUAGUAGCUCGUUUAGGUCGUAAAGAUGAUAAACCUUAUCGCCAAUCUAGAUUCAGGAGCAGAAGUAGAAGUGACAGCAGAAGUUGGCCCAGUGAUAGUCGCAGAAAUGACAGAUAUAACAAUAAGAACCAUUAUUCCGAAAAACAAUUUGUGUGCUCUUAUUGUAAGAAAAAAGGGCAUGUUAGAAAAUAUUGUUACCGACUAAGAAACAAAAGCCCUCGCAAAUCUCAGACAAGUGUAAAGUUUUUAGAUUCUCCCAAACCGUCAAGUUCGGGAACUGAUGGAUUAUUCAAGCGUUUAAAGGAAGAUAUGGAGUCAGAUUCUGACGAUGAACUGCCGUGUAUGAUGAUUGCAUCUGUGAAUAAAAUCAGUGAACCUUGUUAUGUAGAAACAAUAAUUGAAAAGAAGAGAAUAACUAUGGAAAUUGAUAGUGGAUCGGCUGAAAGCGUUAUCUCCGAGAAUAUGUACAUGCGGUGCUUUAAAAAUCUGCCUCUAGAAUCAUGCAAUAAGCGUUUAGUAGUUAUUGAUGGAAAAAGCUGA